GCCCUAGCUGGCUGCCGUAAUGCUUUCAAGCAUCUGUGUGAAGGAGUUUGGGUGUAUUUUGAGCUUUUCGGGAAGAGCAGCUGUUCUCUGGCUUUCAGGGUGGCUGUGUAUCGCUUUGUAUUGGUGCCGUAAUUGAAGCGUGUUGAUGGCAAUGGACUAAGCAGCACGCUUCCCUGUGAUGACCAGCCCAGUGACACCGUACCCAAAACGCAGUUGUGCUGCUGGGAGACUUCCAUGUGGUGCUGCUGCUGGCAAUCCCGGAAGAUCUUCCUCCCCACUGAACCCAGGGGCUGAUGCAUCCCCCUUCCCUGCUCCGGUGCCCUACUCCUGCAUCCCAGGCUGGUUUAGGCGGCUUCUACACAAGCCCAAGCCCAGGUCAGUGGAGAGCAGUCUCAACGCCAGCCGCUCUGCUUCAUCUUUGCCUUCGUCCUCCUCAUCCUCUGCUGAGAGCUCCGGCUCUUCUCCCGGCACGAGCCUGGCCAGGUCUGUCCGCUCGUCACCCGUGUCGGACAUCAAUGCCUUGGGCAGUGCCCGGUGGGCCAAGAGCUAUGAUGUCUGCAUCUGCCACAGUGAGGUGGACCUGGAGCUGGUGGAGGAGCUGGUGUCCUACCUGGAGGGUCAACCCGAAAGCUUCCGUUGUUUCCUCCAGCUGCGGGACGCGGCACCGGGAAGCGCGGUGGUGACGGAGCUGUGUGACGCUGUGCAAAACAGCCACUGCUGGGUCAUGCUCAUCACCCCUGGCUUCCUCCAGGACCCUUGGUGCAAGUACCAGAUGCACCAGGCGUUGGCCGAAGCUCCGAUGGCCAACGGGCGCACCAUCCCGGUGUUGAAGGAUGUGGAUCGGAAGGAUUAUCCCAAGGAGCUGCGAAACCUCUACUACAUCUACAUGGCACUGAAGGAGAACAGCUUCAGGCAGAUCAGAGACACCAUCAUGCGCUACCUCCAGGAGCUGUGCCGGAGCUCCGCAAGCAGGUCAGAGUAGUACUGGAAGCAGGCAGAGGCAUCCCCGCAGGCGUUUUGGAGCUGCCACUGCUGUAUCUGGAUGCGGCCACAUCCUGAUGGACCUUGGGCAGGAGGGUGAAGCCGAGCUGCUCGGACCGGACUUGGGAGCCGAAGAUGGGGAGGUCCCCACACAUGUGGAGGAGGGGACAGCGGUGUGGAGCCUCCUGCGUCCUGGUGAUGCUACGGUGGCCAAAACCCCCUCGGUGGGGAUGGGGACAUCCUCUGGCAGGUCCCUGCUGCUCGUCAUGCAAACACUAAGCUCUGUUGUUUGGGGGGGUGGUCCAGGGGGUCUUCAGAGCUUCUUGUGCCGGUGUCCCCUCGGGGUGAGAACUGGUCCUGGGGGGGCUCUGGACCCCCAGUAAGCUGACAUGGCGCCUGCCCCACAGUGCUGAGCUGCAGGUGGGAAGAGGAGGGGCAGGUGCCAGCGGUGUCUUUGCACGGGUUU